AUGGCGUCCACAACUACCAGCCCAGCUCGAACUCCCCUCGCAUCAUCCCCCCCCUCCGCACCAUCAACACCCGUGCAACCAAAGCGCCGGCGGCCGAGAUAUAAGGACCCCGACGCGGUCGCGCUUCGAACCCGCUGCCGAACCUAUCUCGACGAGACUGACCACUCCUUAUGGAGCUUCACCGACUUCUGGGGCGGCGACGAAGCCGCCCGUGUUUCGUGUCAGGAAGUGUGGCACCGGGAACUUCUUCGCAUCACCAACGCAGACAAAGAUCCACAGCGCGCUAGGGCUGCCGUGGUAGCGAGAAAUAAGUAUAAGCCACGCGGACAGGUGUCUGAAGUAUCGAGUGGCAGCAAGGCCGCAAAAUCUAAGGCCAAGACACAAAGGCGUGGUGGAAAGUCUGGUAUAUCUGACCCACCACCGCCACAACUACCACCACCAGCAUACGAGCCAUCAUCAUCACAAGAAGUAAGGAGCCCCAACCCCAAGCCUCUGAGCCUCCACGAGCAAAAACACGAAUCACUACCAGCGGACCGCAGAUGGAACCUCCCUACUGGCCGGUCUGUAGAGGAUGUCCUCUUUUCGUGGGUGGUAUCGCAGUCGGAUGAGGCUAGACGAGCUGGACAGGUUCCGCGAGAGUCGUACGCACAUUCGUACAUACUAGAUGUGGAUGACGAAGAUAUCAAGCUUUUGUUCAACAAUAAGGAAUGGGACACUAUUGUUUCCCGGCUUCUACCGUUGCCCACAGUCGAUGAUUCUUUAAGAUCGUUUAUGUAUAAGUUUGCCGAUGCUAAAAAUACGUCUGAGCUUCGUCAUCUGCUUAUCUCUACACCUUACCUAUCCCCAGACGAGACUUACUCGCUCGAGAAGCAUGGCGACCAAGCCUGGGUCCAUUCGGCUUUGUCCUCUCUCAUCAUUCUUUACGAGCAUAACCUCAUAUCGAGCAACGAUAACCUAGAAGCGUGGUUCCAGAUCAACGUCUGGGGCCCUAUUUUCGACCGUUGCUUCCAGCACAUCCCCAAAAUCUCUGUUAAACGCACCGAGUCCCAAUCGCUCUCCAAUACAACCCGCAAGAACCCCCAACCCCCAGCUACAACCCGUAAAUGCAUUGGCAAUCGAUAUGACGGCCUCAUAACACACAACCGUCUCGAAUAUGGCGCAGUAGAGGAUAGCAAGGACUAUGAAUACAAGAAGUGGGUAUCUGACUCGCUCAAGCUGGUUAAAGUCUUACACGAUCAACUACGUGGCCUAGAGACAGAAGUGCGACAUGUGACAACGGCACUAGAGGGGUUUCGGUGCGUGGGCUUUUUGACGGCAGGGCUCGAGUGCCGUGGACUAUUCAUGCAGUAUGGUGGUGGGCAUGUGUGUCUGCUCAGUCGCAGCGACGAAUACAAAGUCCCUAGAAGCAUUUUACCGGUAUCCAAGCUUAUUGCAGUACUGGUUGGAGUGUGGCAGAUGAGAGAGGUCGUAAGAGCGUCUGUCGGGAACCUAGAGGAUUUCUUGGCGGAUACAGAGAUGCAGUUCAAGGUCGCACUGGGGCAGAUGGCCAGGCUGCCAGCUAUAUUGCCGGUAUGCCUGGAUACGGAUGCGGAUUUUUGA